AUGAAGUCUAACCUGACUGUCGAGAAGAAGAAGAAGAAGAAGGAGAAGGAGGAGAAGGAGGAGAAGCAGGGUCUGCAAGUGACUGGUGCCAAGACCGACGGCAGCAAGGUCGCUUACCCUUCUGGCAAAGUUGCCGGAUCUCCCAUCGUGCAGCAGCAGCAGCAGCGGCGGCAGCCGCACGAGAAGCCUCGUCGCGUCAUCAAGCUUCGCCCUCAGCACGCGAGCCCCCUCGAAACCGCGGACGACGACGAGUACGACGAUUGUUGGGACCCUUACUAUGAGGAACCCCCUACCAAGGACGACAAAGUUGUCGAGGAGGACUUCGUCUUCAUGAAGAAACCCGGCCCGUCUCGUUGA